AUGUAAAAAUAAAGAAAUAUGAUUUAUGUACCAACUUAAAUAGUUGAAAUUACUAAAAUUACAAAGACAAAAGGAGAUCAAGAAGAAAUUAUAUUACCAGAAUCAGAUUAAGAACAUUAUCCAAUCUUUAAUCCAUAAAAUGAUUAUAACAUAAGACAAUGUGAUCAAAAAACCAAAAAAAAGAAGAAACAUAUUAGAUUUAGCUUUUAAAAUAGAGUGAGCAGUCGUUAAUUAAAUUCAAAACAUAAUUCUCCUACUAAUUCUCCUCGUAAAAGUUCAUAUUCAAUUUAAUCUAUUCUCAAGCCUUAAUGCCUAUCAAUGUUUUAUUAAUCAAAAAAAUGA